AUGGAGUUCUCCGACGAGUGGCGGUCCCUAUGGCCGGUCUCCUCCGUCUUCGCUGCUCCCAUCCUCCGCCCCUCGGCCGCCGCCGCCGCUGAUCCCGUCGGUCCGCUCCUCUUUUCCCCCUCUCCGCUCCCCCCUCUCCCUCUUCUCUCCUCCCCUUCUCUCGCCCUCGACAUCCCCGCCCCGCUCCCUGCCUCCUCCUUCGUCGAAGGCCUGCGCUCCUUCUUCCACUGCCCCGCCAACGAAGCCUUCCUCCCCUCUGCCGCCGUCGACGCCCUGGCCAUCGAAGCCGCGGUCUCCGUCCCUGGCCCGUCCGCCUCCGCCUCCGACCCCCUCCCCUGCAACAACCUCGCCGCCCUCCGCUGCCGCAACGGCUCUUCCAUGGUCCUUUUCUUUCCCACUGGCCCAAACGCCAACUUGAUCGGGUACGUCGGUCUCUCCUUCCGUGGGUUGGCGCCGCCGGAGCUAGGGCUCGAUCGGGACGGUGACGUAUUCAAGCUGAGGGAAGGGUAUAAACACCCAUAUCAUCGGAUAGUGAUGAUGUCGGCGGUGGCCGCGACCCAGUCUUCCUGGGCGCCGGAGGCGGCUUCGGCGUCCCCAGGCAAUCCCCUCAUCGAGGGGUUCUUGAUCGCCACCACUUUGUAUUCCGUGAAUUGGUUUAGCAUCGAGACCAGGGUUACAGGUACGGGUCAGGAGAGGCCGUUCUUGGUUCCGAUGGCGAAGCAGGGGUUUGAAAGCGCUGUGGUGCACGCUUGCUGGAGUCCACAUUUUGUCGAGGAGAGUGCCGCUUUGCUGGAAAGCGGUGACCUUUGCUGGUUUAAUCUGCAGACCAAGCGCGGGGGCACCAUGAGGGUUGCUUUGCCUGGUGAGGUCAAUCCCGGAGAAUGGUUGAGCUGCGAGUUUGGCGGGCAGCCAUGGACUGUGAUUGUUGCCUGUUCUAAAGCUGUUGUCUUGGUUGAUCUGAGAUCCACAAAAGGCACUGAACACAAGGUUUUGGCUCACAUCAAGAUGUCAAGUUCUCUAUAUGUUUCUCCUUUGAUAGAAAUGAACGAUCGGUUCAUUGCUUUUGGUAAGGCGAGCUACAAUGAUUUCCACAUUGCAUUGGUGACAGAACAUCGUUUGCUUCUGUUCGAUGUGAGGAAACCAUUGGCUCCUCUAUUGACAUGGAACCACAGAAUGGAUUCCCCACAUUUUAUUGCCAUGCUUAGAUUGUCGGAGUUGAGGCCAUCAAAUGAGUUCAAAUGGGCCUCGGAAUCUGGUUAUGUCAUCUUGAUCGGUUCCUUUUGGAAUAAUGAGUUCACUUUGUUUUGCUAUGGGCCUCGAAAGGCUGGAUGCUUAGGCAAUUCUUCACUUUUUGCCUGGGAGCUUCCUUCGAGUCUGCCUUUGUCUGAUAACAGAUGUGAAUCUGGUGACAGCUUUGUGAGAGAGAUUUUUUCAGCAGAGAACUCUGCAUAUGGUUCGGUGUGGCGACAAAGGGAAAAGAAGGUUGUGGGUCUGUGCAUUGUCCCAAAUGAUAUCUUCCCUGUUGAUUCAGAGUCGGGUGGUGGAUUUUCCCUAAUUAGACUUUCCUUGUCUGGAAAGUUGGAAAUGCAGAGAUACCAUGCAUCAUCAAAAUUAUAUUGUCAGGAGACAAACUUUACAGAAGCAGACCAAUUAAAGGAGGUCGAUGAUUCAGUUAUCAAUUCUGAGGGACAUGAAUGUAGAAUGUCCAGCAGAUGUGAAUUUUAUAGGCUGUGGUAUCUUUCUGAAUAUAUGAAUGGCAAUCUUUCCAAUGCUUUGGCCAUGCGUGGCCCCCAAGCUAAUUACAAAGAAACUUGCCAAAUUUCUUUGGGUCAUGAUAUGAAUGAACUUAUUAGCCACAUCCUGAAGUCUUCGAAUCUCUCUAUGUCAGCUUUUGCGAAUGAAGUUAGCAUCCCGACCAGCAUCUUUGAAGUCGCAUGCAGGAGGACACUAAAUUGUCUUCGAUCGGAUAUUUUGCCAUUGGCUUUUUCAAAAUACUCAGAUCUGUUCCGACUUGAUUGGGCCUCCACUUUUGAAUUCUUAGAAAUCCCUUGGUCAUUGUCUCAGAGAAGAUCAUUACCUUUCUUUGCUGGGAAACCUUCAAGAAGAAGCGAGAAAUGGUCGAGCAAAACAUUGUUUGGAGAUGCUCUUGUUGGUCCAGUACUUCCUGUUCCCGUUCUUCUUGCAUUGCAACAGAAUGAUAAAAAGGAUGGGUCUUUCACCUUCAAAGACAAUCCAGAUGAUGACUUACUGGAUUAUCAGUGCAGAACUGUUCUCAAAGAUGUUUUACCAGAAAUUUCUAUUGCAGACACUAGAAACUGCAAUGGAUGGGGUGCCACAGAUGAGCUGCAAGCUGAGAAAUCUUACUUUCUUUAUGAACCUACACAAGCACAUACUAGUUCUGCAAGCGAACGAACCAACAUUGAUGCUGCUUCCAAGGUAAAACAAGAACCAAUAGGGAUGCAACAAAUGAUGCAAGCCUGCUCUGCGUCUUAUAAAGAUGAAACUUUUACUACAUUUAUUUGUGGAGCUGCAGACAAAGCAUCCAAGCCAGAUUCUAAAACUGACCAAUUUGUGGAUGAAUUGUUUGAUAUAAGCCCAGUCAGGCUGGAUUUUGAUAUAACCCAAGUGGCACUUCAGCCAGCAGAGCAGAAAAUUUUCAAGUGUUUGAAGAAACAGUUCUCCAAAUGGCAGGAAAAUUAUAAGCCAUAUCGAGAUUUCUGUGCUUCCUCUAAAAUAUAAAAUGAGCUUCAUGGUAUCUUCAUGCAGUUUAGUUUGAUUGGUGGAUCUAAUGUGUAUUAGAUUUUGUCACUGUACAUUAUAGAAGUGGCUUCAAAAAUUUAAUUUGCUGAAGAGUGGUGCUUGACCUAGCAGAUGCUUGUAAUUGCUGUUGCAACAAUGGCCCAGCAUUUGCACUCUGAGGACUCUAUUCAAUCCCCUGGUGUGUUAUGCUGCACAAGCAACUCUGGGUUUUUGGUCACUCACCAGAUGCUGUGAACUCUGCAGCCCUCUUUACAAGGAAGAUGAAUCAAUCUGUUCGCAGAUAGCCACCCCUCUGCUAAUCCAUCAAUCUAACAUUUCUUGUACGAUCUUAACCCGAAAAUGAGACAUGAUCCAUUAAUUUUUUAUUCUUUAAAGUCCCAUUCCAUCAUAUUUUGUAUGGAGUAUCAAACAAGUAACAAUCUUGUAGCUAAUUAUUCUUCCAUGUAAUUUGAUUAUUGCUAGAUGGGAAACCAUUUGUAAGCUUUGUAUAUUACGUGAGUUCUGAUGCAAUUUGUUGGUUCCUGAA